AUGCAACUAAUAAUAAUUGUUUUCGCGAUUCUCUUAUGGCUUACACAUUUUACCCAACAGACAACACUCUCUUAUAGACAAUAUCGUCAAAAAGAAAUUCCAAUUAUUGUUCCACCACAAGAUAUUGAAUCAAAUCCACUUCGAAAAGAAGAACAAUUGUCAACACAAGACGACGAAGUAGCAGUAGUUGCCGCCGGCGGUGGUAGUGGAGAAUCAAAUCAACGCUCAAAACGUUUAUCUGAGAAUAGAUCAGCCUAUCGUAAUCCAUUUUCAACCUUUAUAAAGCGUAAACGUCAUUCAAAAUCAACUGAUUCACGCUUAAUCUUAAGAAAGGAGUAUACAAACGGAGAUUCAAAGUGUGGUUUAAUGUGUCAUUUAUUAUGUCGACCUGGUUGUUCAAAAAUAUGCUAUUCAUCGUGUACAUGA